CAGCAGAAUUCUCGCGCCGCAACGCGACGCAAUGCCCCACCCGCACGGUCGCGCCGCGCAGCGCAGGAACCCCCACCACGCGGUCGGCGUCGGCGUCGGCGGCGGUGCUCCCGCCUCCCCGCCGUCGGCGUAGCUCCCGCGCGCUUCGGCCCUGGGCGCCGGUGUGGUUUCUCCAUCACGCUCUCUCGCGCUUCCUACCUGCGUGCGCCCUGCUGCCCGGUGAUGGCCAGCCGUCUCUUCGUGCUCCGUCGGCACACGAGGUGGUGGCAGCGGCAGGCGCCACGGCCUCGCUCGCUUUGCCCGCCGUCUCACGGUGGGGACUCGGCGUCUUCCCAUGGGACGCUGGAGCUGCUCGCGCGUCUGCGCAGCUCACCAUCGUUUUCAACCGAGAUGCUAGGUUCUUCAGGUUGUUGCAGAGUUGUAGCAUUCAAGCCUGCCAUUGUAUCCAUACGAGUCCAUCAGUCAAUAGCGGAAAUCAGGCUACUGCAGAGCCUCAACAACAGAAUCCAGGAGUGCCUGUACCGGUUGAUGGUUCUAGUGAACUAAAACCCAAGAGGACAAAGCUGAAAGGAAGGAGGGCAGUGACAAAUUUUUUGAAAUCCUUGAGAUGGAAAAAGAAAAAGGAGUUUCAAAGAAUGACUGCAGAGGAGAAGAUUUUGUACAAACUGAAGCUAGCUCGAAAGAAGGAAGAGCGGCUUGUUGUGGCACUGAAGAAAAUUGAACCAGAGGAUCCAUCAGAACCUACACAUGAUCCCGAGGUGCUUACACCUGAAGAGCACUUCUAUUUCCUCAAGAUGGGCCAAAAAUGUAAAAAUUAUGUGCCUGUUGGAAGACGUGGAAUUUACCAGGGAGUGAUCUUGAACAUGCACUUGCAUUGGAAAAAGCAUCAAACUCUCCAGGUAAUUGUGAAGACAUUUACACCAGAGGAGGUCAAGGAAAUUGCCAUCGAGUUAGCCACACUAAGUGGUGGGAUUGUGCUUGACAUUCAAGAUGGGAACACAAUUAUUAUGUACAGAGGGAAAAACUAUGCACAGCCACCACCAGAGAUCAUGUCUCCAAAAGUUUCCCUCUCUAGAAAAAAGGCACUGGAUAAAUCCAAAUAUAUGGAAAAGCUCAGAGCUCUUAGGCGGUACAUUCCCAGACUUGAGCAGGAGCUUGAAGAUCUUCAUGCACAGAUGAAGUUAGCUGGAGAGCAUCAAGGACAAAAUGCAGGGAAACAUGUUGCUUCAAUUUCACAUAAUACAAACAGUAUGCCAGUGAGAAAAGAACCUUGUGGUUCAAUUCGCAACAAAACAGUAUCUGAUCUCCUAUCAGAAACUGUAGAGGGAUCCAAGAGGUUAGAGGAUGAAAGUUCUGCGAUUGAAGACGACUCAGCUUCAGAGUCUCUGUCAUUUACAGAGUCUGAGGAUCUCUCUGACAUUUUUGAGACAGAAUCAGAGGAGCAGGAAGAGGACAACAAGGAUCGCCCCUUAUAUCUCGAUAGGCUGGAUAAGUUUCCCUCAGGAAAAAAUGAUAAUGAACCAGAUGAUUUUGAGGAGCAUCUGCGGAGGAUCGCUUCACUUUCAGAUAAGACUGAUUCACCUUCAAAAGAACUGAAAGUGUCAGAGCUCGAUGAGAUUGAUAAAAUCUUUCUGAGAGCAAGUUCGUUGUUGAAGAAAAGGUGAACCUUUGGGAUUUGUAUAUGACAAUCGUCAUAUUUAUAUGCACUGCGAAAAGUAUUUUGUGCAGUUUUAAUGGCAUCUUCAGAAAAAAAGUUUAUGAUCGUCUAGUGAUAGGGCCAACCCUCAAAGUUUGUGGUCACCAUUGUUUUACGGUGAUUAUAAUAUAACUGGAAUUCUGUGGGGUUGUUUGAAUUUGUUGACUGAUAACUUCGAUGUGUCAUACAGCAGAUUCUUGUUGUUUCAUGCUUUUGUUGCAGUUUCUGAUGUUAGUUGUAGCCAUCCUUUGUAAAAUUGUAAGUGCUAUUUUUUUUCUAAAACCUUGAACAUAUGCGACUACCCACUCGUACAAAA